AUGGCCGGGAGCGGAAGCAGCGGGAGCAGCUCGGCGCCCUGCGCAUCGUGCAAGCUGCUGCGGCGGCGGUGCACCCAGGAGUGCGUGUUCGCGCCCUACUUCCCUCCUGAGGAUCCUCACAAGUUCGCCAUCGUCCACAAGGUCUUUGGCGCCAGCAAUGUCAGCAAGAUGCUCCAGGAGCUGCCUGCUCAGCAGAGGGCGGAUGCGGUGAGCAGCCUGGUGUACGAGGCCAACGCACGGAUGAGGGAUCCCGUCUACGGCUGCGUCGGCGCCAUCUCCUACCUCCAGCAGCAGGUCUCCCAGCUCCAGAUGCAGCUCGCCCUCGCCAAGGCCGAGAUCCUCCUCUGCGUCCAGAUGCAACACGAUGGCCAUGCAACUGCUUCUGCUUCAGCUUCACCACCGUCACUUCAGCGGCGGCAGCAACAGCUCAUGGAAAGCGAGGCGUAUGGUAGCCUGCUCAUGCAAAAUGGCCUGAUGAACAGCACCGGAGCUCAUCAGCAGCAGAUGUUGGGCUCUGCUGGGAACACUGCACUGAUGCUGCAGGAGGCAUGCCUCAAGAAAGAGUCCCUAUGGGCAUGA